UUGUUACCUGCAGAGCGCUUCUCGGUGACGCGGGAGGUGCCCUUGGGUCUCGGCACGUCUAUUUCACCACAACGAGUCAUCCGCGGAGAUCAUUAUAAAUAAGUGCGGUCAUUUUAAUGCGAUUCUAAGUCGUCCUCCGGCGAUCUGCCCCAAGAUGUUUGAAAUUCUGGUGUUGCUUUGUUCCGGGACUUUCUUACUUUUUUUUCUUUUAAAAAACAAAAGACCUCACAAUUUCCCACCGGGGCCAAUGCCUGCGCCACUUUUCGGGAACAUGUUACAGCUGAACUUGAAGAACCCUUUGGUGGACCUGAACAAGAUUUCUAAGAGAUAUGGUAAGGUGUACAGCCUGUACUUUGGGAGGAACCUAACAGUACUUCUCCAUGGGUAUGAAGCGGUGAAGGAGAUCCUGAUAAAUCGAGGGGCAGAUUAUGCUGGAAGGCCACAAGGACUCUUAGUUAAUGACAUCACGGAGUAUCGAGGGAUUUCUAUGGUCACCUAUGGGACUCACUGGAAGGAGCAUAGAUGUUUUACUCUCAGCACGUUACGCGAUUUCGGACUGGGAAAGAAACUGAUGGAGAGUAAGAUUCUCACUGAGGCCACACACUUGAUAGAGUCUCUGGAAAAACAGGAAGGUCAUGCCAUAUACGUCCACGUAUUACUUGAGAAUGCUGUGUCCAAUGUUGUUUGCUCGGUCAUACUGGGAUUGCGCUUUGACUAUGACAACAAACUCUUCCACAAAAUGAUCGAGCUUCUGAAUGACAGUACCAAACUAGUGAAUGGACCUUGGGGCAUGCUGUAUGAUGCCCUACCUUUCAUCAGGUCUUUACGUCUGCCUUUUCGAAGAGCAAUAUCCAACAAAGAUAACAUGAAAGAUUUCUUUCGGUCCUUUGUAAAACAACACAGGAAAAACUGGGUGCCAGGACACCCACAGGAUUACAUCGAUUGCUACUUUGAAGAAAUGGAGAAGCAUAAGAAUAAUAACGAAUCCACCUUUGAUGAGAACAGCCUGCUUCUCAACCUAAUAGAUUUGUUCUCGGCAGGUACUGAGACCAGCGCCAUCACAAUAAGAUGGACUCUCCUAUACCUGAUGUGCUAUCCAGAUGUUCAAGCAAGGUGCCACAAGGAGAUUGAUUGCAUUCUUGGCAGCAAAGAACAGAUCAGUUAUGAAGACAGACAUGCCAUGCCAUAUAUGCUAGCUGUGAUUCAUGAGUCCCAGCGCAUGGGAGAUGUUGCUCCUCUGGGAAUAUUUCAUGCUGCCUUGAAGGACACCCAACUUUUUGGAUAUACAAUUCCUAAGGGAACUACUUUGAUUCCAAAUCUCAGUUCAGUUCUUCAUGAUGAUACUCAAUGGAAGUUCCCCCAUGAGUUCAACCCUUCUAACUUUCUCAAUGAAAAAGGGGAAUUUGUGAAGCCAGAUGCUUUUGUCCCUUUCUCAGCAGGUCCAAGAAUGUGUUUAGGAGAAGCUCUUGCUAGGAUGGAACUAUUUCUCUUCCUUACGACUCUGCUGCGACGCUUUGAAGUCAUAUGGCCAGAAACCUGUGGAGCACCUGACCUGACUCCACUCUAUGGGAUAACACAGGAGCCUCAAAAGUAUAAAAUGAAGCUGAAGUCCAGAAAAAACUAGUGUGCUUUAUUCUCUUACAGCAGACUACUUCAAAAUUCAGAUAAAAGCAUAUGUAGAAAUUAACAAUGAGCACCCAAGUAACACUAUUUUAUUUAAAUGCUUUUUAAGUUGGUGUAAUGCAUGUGUACACUGCAUUAUAAUUUGAUGCUAGUAAGUUAUACAAGUUCUACUCUUUCCUGGAGAAACAUUUAAAUUAGACAACUUUUUUUCACACUGAAUUUAAAAUGAAGCACCUCCUGUGAUCUAAGCUAGUACUGGAAAGGUGAACUGUCCAUCCAUUUACUGAACUUAUUCUAGUUCCCACAAGACCAUGUGCGGAUAUCAGUUGACUUUAUUGACCUCCUUACAAUUAGAUUUGCCUUUUCCCCCUUGUUUUACAGUAUAGUGUGGAGUAUUGUAUAAGGAAAUAGUCUCUAAUGUACAAGCUUGAUGACUGAAUUUACAUCCGCAACUUUUACUGUGUGAUGUUAAGCAAGUCCUUUUUAAAAACAAAUAAUACCAUUAUACUGUAAACUGAUUUGGGAUGGUUCUUGCUAAAGAAUGGUAUUAUGUAAAAUAAGUGGUCGGCUGGUUUGCAUGCGUCACAAGUUUCAAAAGUCUUCAUUUUCAUACUUAAGAAACAUGAAGCUCAGUAUAAGAGAGUUUCACAAAAAUUCUUUUGUGUUUUCAUUAUUAAUACAUAUUCUCUCGUAAUAAAUUAGUAAUCACUA